AUGUCCAGCAUCGACGACCUCUUCAAGAAACCCGCAAUACCCAACAACAAACGUAAAUUAGAACCAACACGAGACCCCAACGAAAUCUACAAAUCCGCGAAGCUCUCGUCAAACGGCCACGCCAAAUUUAAUGGCCGUACCGCCGAAGUCGAAGAUGACGACGACAUGGAAGCCGGGCCCUCUGUGCCCCCAGAAGACGAAGACUAUGGCCCAGACAUCCCCGACGACGACGAAGGGCGGUUUUUCGGAGGCGGCGUAACGCGCGAGGAAAACGAGAUACUGGACUACAUGGAUGGUCAAGAAUCCGCAGAAAUCGCACCCGAGAAGAUAGACUCUGCCUGGCUACGAAAACUGGCCCUGAAUUUCGAGAGAAAAAUUACAAAGAAUGCGGAGCUGCGAGCUAAAUUCGAGAAUGAGCCGCAGAAGUUUAUGGGCAGUGAGGCGGAUCUAGAUGCGGAUAUCAAGGCGCUGAGUAUUUUGAGCGAGCACCCUGAGCUUUAUGGGGAGUUUGCGAAGCUAGGGUGUGUAGGGAGCCUGGUUGGGUUGCUGGCGCAUGAGAAUACAGAUAUUGCCAUUGAUGCCGUGGAAAUCAUCAGUGAGCUUACGGAUGAGGAUGUCGAGGCCGAGCAGGAGCAGUGGAAUACACUUGUGGAUGCUAUGGUCGAUUCUGAUUUACUUGGCCUACUGGUCUCGAAUUUCGGGAGAUUUAAUGAGGGGAAUGAGUCGGAUAGAAGUGGGGUUUAUCAUGCGUUGGGUGUACUGGAGAAUAUGGCUUCGAGGACUUCACUAGCGGAGAAUAUUGGACAGGAUACAAAAGUUCUAAAUUGGUUACUGAAGAGGAUACAAAAGAAGGAAUCACGGGUCUCUCAGAACAAACAAUACGCCGCAGAAGUUCUAGCUAUUCUUCUACAAUCAUCGCCUAUCAACCGGCGGGUACUUUGCGAGCUGGAUGGUGUAGAUCUCUUACUACAGAUACUCGCUGCAUACCGGAAACGAGAUCCAGUCAAAGGAACGGAGGAAGAGGAAUUCGUCGAAAACGUCUUCGACUCCUUGACCUGUGUGGUGGACGAGCCGGAAGGAAAGACAAAAUUCGUCGAAGCGGAAGGGAUUGAACUAUGUCUGAUCAUGAUCCGUGAAGGGAAAAUGAGCAAAUCCCGUGCUCUCCGAUUAGUGGAUCAUGCAUUAGGAGGGCAAAACGGAGCCGAAGUAUGUGAGAAGUUAGUCGAGGCAGCAGGACUCAAGGUCGUAUUCAGCAUGUUCAUGAAGAAACAAGAUGGCCAAACAACCGAACAUCUACUCGGCAUAUUCUCCUCAUUACUCCGACUUUUACCUGCGAAUUCCAGCGGCAGGAUACGCACGCUCGCCAAGUUCGUAGAAAAAGACUACGAGAAGCUGGGGAAAUUGGUCAAGCUUAGGAGGGAUUACGCUGCGAGGGUAGCUGUUGUGGAUGAGCAGAUCAGAAACGAACAAGCGAAUCUCGAUGCGGAAGAAAGAGAAGAUGCGGCGGACGAAUGGCUAUCAAGGCGAUUGGACGCCGGGCUCUUUUGUCUACAGACCAUUGAUGUUGUUUUGGCCUGGAUGGUGGCUGAGGAUGAUGGAGCGUCCAAAAGGAUACAGGCGCUACUUGGGGAUAGGGAUGAGACGUUGGCGGUGGUGAAGGCUACUAUUCAAGAGCAGCUAGAUACCAUGCAAGGGGAUUCAGAGGAGGAAAUAUUGACGAAGGAUAUGCUGAGCACCUUGGUGCAGUUUUUGACAUAG